AAUGGAGUCAAACUUAUUCUUGGAUUUGUGAAUCACAUUUUACAAUAAAUCAGGGCGGAGAAAACGGUAUAAUUAAACACAUGAAAACUGAAAAGCACAAGAAAAAUUCGACUAAAGAUUUGCAGGAAAAAAAAAUUAUAAAUUUUUUUUUAAAUAAUUUAGACUUAGAUUUGACCGCUCAAGCAAAAUGUGCUUUUGUUUUUCACUCUAUAAAUCGUGUUUACAGUUAUUUAUGGACUUACGUUAUUUAUUUACAUUACAGCCUAUUGCGCAGAUAAGUGUUGAACAAUGAAUUUAUUAAUAGCACAAAAAAAGUGAAAAAAUUGAAGGAAUUUUUCAUUUUUUGCGGAAAAGAAUGGUCCAAUUUAAUAAGAACCAUUCCAACAAGAAGGCUUUCUUUAAUUCCUGCCACUGAAAGUCUUUUAAAACAUUUUACUCCCGUUAAAUCUUAUUUUCACAAGACUGACCUCCACUACUACUGGGAUCUUUUUUUGGAAAUGAGCUUGCUGAAUCCUAUUUAGCAACUGUCGGAGCCAUAUCAGAUGGAAUGCAAUUUGGAUGGUCUGCACCAUUUAUUCCGAUCCUCCAAGGUCCUGAUAGUCCAGUUAAAAUAACAGAUGAAGAUAUCGAUUGGUUAGAGUCUAUUUACAUGAUUGGAGGACUAGCGGGGUUACCACUUACCAUAUAUAUGGUCGAUAGAAUCGGAAGACAAAAAACUGUAUUAUUUGCCUCAUCUUCUAGCUUUACAGCUUGGAUUCUAAUAGGUGUGGCUAACCAUGUGAACUAUCUUUACAUAGCUAGAUUUUUAACUGGCCUAGCUGCAGAUGUGGCUUUUGUUGCUGGACCCAUGUACGUUGCUGAGAUAGCUGAUCAAAAAAUUAGAGGUUUUCUAGCUGGAGUUAUUUUUCUUAUGAUGCUUGCUGGAUUUUUGAUUCUCUAUGGUGUGGCGCCUUAUGUGCCGUUUUAUGCUUGCUCCAUUAUCGGUGGAAUAAUUGUUGGUAUUCAGCUGAUUGACGUACCGCUUAUGCCAGACUCAUCAUAUUAUUUAUUAACCAAGGGAAAACAUGAGAAAGCAAAAAAACAUUUGCAAUGGCUACGUGGACGCGAAGAUGUAGAUAAAGAACUUGAGGCUAUUGCUAUCGCUGUUGAACGACAAAAGUCCGAAAGAGGUCGCCCCCAAGAUCUUUUCAUAUCAAAAUCAAACCGAAAGGCUGUCAUAGUAAUGACAGUUCUUAAUACAGCUCAACACUUCAGUGGAAUGGCUGUUAUUUUGAUGAAUCUUCAUCCAAUUCUGAUCGCAGCUGGUUCAGUAACAAUCAGCUCUAAUGUAGCUGGAAUUUUAUUUUCGGCUAUUAUGCUUUUAGCAGCAACUGUAUCAGUUUUUGGUAUUGAUCAUAUCGGACGCAGAAUCCUGCUAGCCGUAUCAAGUUUUCUUACAGGAUUUGCUCUACUUGCUGUAGCAAUAUUUUUUACUCUUCAAAAAAGAGGGUAUCACCAAAGGAAUUUUUAAUUUAAUGGGUUUGACAUAGAGAAAAGAGAGAAGCAGACUGGACGUAAAAACAUUAAAGCCGAGUUAAUGGUCAAACAUAAUUAUAUCCAAUCUUGUCAAUUUUUAAAAAAGUAUUGUGCAAAUAUUAAAAAAAAGGUAAAAUAUUGCCAAAAAUAUUAAUAACGUUUAGUGAUAUUUUAUUUUUGCUAUUAUAUUACAUACGUAAAUGUAUUUAGUUUUGAUGUGUUCCACUUUUUAGGAAGAAGGUUUUAUUUUAUUUGUUUUUGUAUAUAAUAUAUUUUUUGCUUAGUUUAAGGUUUUAAAAAUAUUCUUUUACGUUUUGAUUGGUUUCUACUUAUUCAUUUUGUCUUCGAAAAAUUGGUCAAGAUCUGUUAAAUAGUUUCAAAAUAAAUUAUCAA